AUGGCGAACCGGGGCUACGACGUGGUUGUAGACGUGGAUGCCGAGGGCGACCUCGGGCAUACCGACCUGCAAGAGGACCUUGAGUUCCACCCGUCCAACUUCGAGAACGAUCAACGCAGCCCCAAGGUUCAUGGCGAUUCGGCACCGUUCCUGGGAGGCGGAUCCUCGCGUGGCCGUGACCGGUCUCCAGGCGGCACCCCGACCAAGCACAGCUGGUGGUCGAUCCACUACUACGAGCGAUUUUUUGACGUCGACACAAAUGAGGUGCUGCGGCGCUGUAUGGCCGCCCUUUACCCACGAUCGAACUUCCUGGAUGUCCUCGAGGGCAACGCCGAUCUGUACGGACCCAUCUGGAUCGCGACUACCGUCGUGGUCAUCCUGUUCCUGACAGGAACUAUCUCGCAGUGGCUGUCGAACAAUGACGACGAGCACUUCGAGUAUGACUUUACCCUGUUAUCUGGUGCGGCGGGCCUGAUCUAUGGAUACACCGGUGUGCUGCCUAUUGCGCUAUGGGGUGCACUGCGCUGGUUCGGGAGCUCGACGGCUGACCUGAUCGAGUGCUGGGCACUGUAUGGAUACUCGAACUUGGUCUGGAUCGGCAUUGCGCUUGUCAGCUGGAGCCCGCUGACUGCGCUGAACUGGGCGCUUGUUGGUGUUGGCUUUGCGUGGACGGUCUUCUUCCUCCUGCGGAACCUGUACCCGGUCCUGAACGCUACGGAUGCUAAGGCCAGCAAGAUAUUGUUGAUCCUGGUUGUCGUGCUGCAUGCGGGCCUGGCUAUUGCUAUCAAGAUUCUCUUCUUUGCCCACGGGAGCCCUGUGUCGAAGAAGAACAAGGUGGAUCACAAUGAUAACGAUGAUGAUAAGCGGCGGGUGAUGUUCUAG